GUUGCAUCUCCUGCCAAUUUUAUUAAACCUGGAAAACGCCCAUUAUCGUCGAUGGGACCAGUGAUCAUUUUGAAUUCUACUACUAACAAAGUUAAACUUGUGCUAGGUGGUAUUGGCGGAUCCAGAAUACCUACAGCUACAGCAUAUGUAGCUGUCUGGUAUUUAUGGCUUGGUGAAAAUAUACAAACUGCCAUAUAUAACCCGAGGCUACACCAUCAGCUCCUGCCGAAUGUAAUCGUUCAGUAUGGUGAUUUCCCAAAAAAUAUUCUACGAGGUUUGUCCAGUAUUGGUCAUAACAUUAAAUAUGCGUAUGAUUUUAUGGAUAUGGUACAAGCUAUAUCUGAGAUAAAUGGGACUUUAGAAGCAGCAUGUGAUUACAGACGAAUUUGUGGAACGGAUGGAUAUUAAGUAAAUGUCCCAAAACGCGACGCACGGUUGUGGAGACUGCUGAAAAAAACUAUGUAGUAAAUAGGAAUUGUUGUAUACUCAGGAUGCAAUGACAAGUGGUGAACAGCUGUAAAUGGAUAAACACAAGGAGCACACGCGUCUCGAACUCGCAACCUCGUGGUUACGUACAGCGCCCAAUCGCCCAAUUAUAUAAUCUGCUUCUGUGUCUUCGAGACUGUCC